GCCGUGUCCCCUGCUAUGAUGCCAGGGCAGAUCCCCGACCCGUCGCUGACGGCCGGAGCGCUGCCUGGGCUGGGCCCCCUGACGGGGCUGCCGGGCACAGCCCUGACCGCCGAGGAGCUCAAGUGCGCUGACAUCCGCAACAUCGGGGCCAUGAUCUCGCCUCUCCAGUUCCUGGAGGUGAAGCUUGGCAAGAGACCCCAGCCUGUCAAAAGUGAGCUGGAUGAGGAAGAAGAGAGGAGGAAAAGGCGCCGGGAGAAAAACAAAGUAGCGGCAGCACGAUGUCGUAACAAGAAGAAGGAGAGGACAGAGUUCCUGCAGCGGGAGUCUGAGCGUCUAGAGCUCAUGAAUGCUGAGCUGAAGGCCCAGAUAGAAGAGCUGAAACAGGAGAGGCAGCAGCUCAUCCUGAUGCUGAACCGGCACCGUCCCACCUGCAUCGUGCGGACAGACAGCAUCAAGACGCCUGAGAGCGAAGCCAACCCACUGCUGGAGCAGCUAGAGAAGAAGUGAAGGUGGCACGGGGCCACGAGGAGGAGACAGUGGCACAGGGUCUUCCAGGGUCUCUAAUGUAUGUACUGUAUGAAGAACUGUACACCCAGGCCUGGUGCAGCCAGGACCCAGUGGGCUUCCUUGGGGACUAUGGACCAAACAUGGGAACAGAGAAGAUCGGGAACCUGCCAACCAUGUACUCUGAGGCUGAACCUGGGAGCAGGGCUGGUGGUACCAGUGAGGGCAGCCUCCCUCUGAUACAUCAUCACAACCCUUCAGCCUGCUCUCAGCCCUGGGACCCACAAAGCCACAGCGUGUCCUGCAAGGAGCAGGCAGCCCAUGGGUAGCAGGGGCUGCAGGCUGAGGAGUGGCAGCUGGGCUGUGCCCACCAGCACGCUGCCCAGAGGCUGCUGCUGCUCCUGGCACGCUCCAGAGGGAAACCUAAACCCAAGAACCACAAACACUUGAUGCAGCCCCAUCUGGUGGGCAGGCCUGUCGGGGCUCGGUGGCGCAGGCGCCCCCCACAAGCACACUCAGUAUAAUGUUUACAGCCCAGCUGUCCGUGUCGGCCGUGCUUUUGAAUGCACAUUUUUACACUUUUUUAAAGUAUUUUUUACAAAGUUUUUAUACAGUGAUCUCUAUAUGGAUUUAUAUAAUCACUAGAUGUGAUCCCAUAGAAAUGUAUGUUAUAAUGGUCUGUUUGUUACAAACACAUAUGCCACAGUUAUCUCCAUUGUGUUACUUGUCCGGUAGCAUCCAGCUCCUUUCCUGGCAUGCUGGGAAGGGGGUGCAAGCUGCCUCUGCAGUGGUGUUGCUGCCCUCUCCAUCCAUGUAUGUCCU